GUUGGCGAGCGCGCUGGCGAGGUCCCGUUCCCCCGCCCCUUCGUCCUCGCGUGCGCCGGUUCCUCUUGGCUCGCGAUGGUGGGGAAAAUAGUGAGACGAACGCGGCUCCACCAGCCGGCGCCGAAGCCGACAGAGCCGCAGCAGAGAGGAGGCGAGGAGGUUCUUUCGGCGGCUGCGCUGGCCUGCAGCGCUGACACCGAAAAGGGCAAGGCAAUACUGACAUCAAACAUUUUUUCUGGGGUGAACAUUGAUCCAAAAAUUCUGGUGAAGAAGUUGGACACUGAUUCAAGGAAUCCUGUUUCAGUCAUAAAAGAUGGAGAUGGAAAAGUACUUAUGUCUAAGAAAGAAAAAAUGAAGCUGCGUAAGGAGAGAUGGCUACAAAAAAUUGAGGGCAUUAAGCUAGCAAAGCAGCAGCAAAAAGCAGAGGCAAAGCGAAAAGCUAUUCCAGUUGUGGGAGAUAUGCACCCAUUGAUGGAUGCUCUGCCUGAGCUUUCAGAUCUGGUGACAGUAAGCAAGUCCUGCAAACAGCGUAAUAAGAUGCAGAAGAAGAAGAAAGUAUUGACAAAUUUCAACCAGAUGAAAUCAGCCCAGAAACGCAAGGUCUUGGAGGAGGAAGUAACACAGUUUCACAAUACUAUAUCAAACCCUUUGUUCAAAGCCAACCCUCUGUCAAUCAUUAGUGAGCAUCUUUCCAAAAGACUAAAACAGGAGAAGGAGGAAGAACCACUUUAACACUUUAAUACCAUUAUGAGAAUGUUUGAAAGCACUAGAAAUUGAUUCCACAGUGGCUUUAUCUGUACAGUAGGCUAACAUAACAUUCGGAAACCAGAGGAUAAGAGCCAGUAACUUUGUUUGCCUACCACAGAAAUAAUGUGGCCAACAUCAAUUUGUACACUAUGAAUACUAGUUACAACUCUGGAUUGUUUUGUUGGAAACUUGCGGAACUUUGUAAAUUUAAGACUAUGCCAAUUUCCCAGAUUUAUACUAAUUAUAGUUCAGUUUUUUUCUUUUUCUCUCUCUGUAGCUUCUGUGAAAUAGUGUCUAAACCACCAUCUUUCUACUUUGAGUAAUGUAAACUUUUUUGUUUCUUUCUGUGAGCAAUUAAAUGGCUACUUUUAGAGAUUGUUUUGGCAGAUGCAACAUUAUUAUAAUUAAUAAAAUACCUAGUGGUUUGCUUCUCUUUGAGAAUAGACAAAAACACUUUUUUAAAAGUUUAAAUGUGGCGAGGCACUUAAAGACCAUGCAUAUUGGAUGUGUAACAUUCAAUUAAUUUUUAUGUCAGUCUUUGUAUAACAUAAAGACAUGGAAUUAUCUGCUCUAGCUGAAAAUGGACUUCACAUAUAAAUACUUUAUAAGAUCUAUGAAACUAAAUUCUAUAAAAUAUUAUCGAAGUGCUUAAAUCUAACCUAAAAUAAUAUCUAAUUAGAUUAAGAUAGUUAUUUAAAAAUAGUAGUCAAUAUUAUGUAAAAAACUAUAAAACUAUCACUUGAAGAAGCUAUAAAGCUAAAUAACUAAGAUACAGAGUAUUUUCAGGCUAGUUAAUACUGUUGGUCAUAUUCUGUUCCUUGGCAUAAAAUAGCUGUGUUAUGAAUUGUAAAAGAGUCAUCCAGAAAUAAUAAGUGGGCAUAAAAUUUACCAAUAUGACCUGAUAAUCUUGAGAGUAAUGGGUGGAUGUGUGUUAUAUCUCUACAGGUAGUCUUCAGUUAACAACUGUCCUGUUUAGCGACCAUUCAAAGUUAUGACGGUACUGAAAAAGUAACUUUAUGACUGGUCCUAAAACAUACAACUGUCACAACAUCCCCGCAGUCACAUGGUCAACAUUCAGGUACUUCACAAACAGUGGGCUUUUACGACCAUCACAAUGUCCCGCAGUCACGUGAUCUACAUUUGGGUACUUUGCAAGCAGCAUGCAUUUAGGACCGAUGCAGUGUCCCAUGGUUGCAUGAUUGACAUCUGGGUACUAUACUUUGUGACUGGCAUGUAUUUUCACUUGCGACGUAACAGCACUUACCCAUGAUUUUUUAUUUGCUUUCCCAAAAAUGGGGAAAUGACUCUUGCUCUUGCCCUUAAGAGCAUUCAGGUUAAGCUCAAUAUAAAAGCAUCCCCUUGAAAUCUUCAAAGCAUUGCCACGUAACAGAAGAGUUAGCCUGCCCUUAGAAGCCUUAAUAUGCUAUGACUCUUCUAAGUAGUAUGUUCGGGUGUGAGUUUCUAAAAGAGGCUUCUUUCAUCAGCAUUAUACAAUUCUUUGGGUAAACAGCUCAUUCUAUCACCUUUCAUUUGGAUGAUACCUCAUGAUCUGAUGAUAACUGUCCAUGUAACUCCACAUUAUGCAAAUGUUUUCAAACCAACCUUUGCUGACUAUAAACAUGCUAGGUUCCCUAUUUCUUAUAGUGACCACAAAAUGUCGAUGAAAUUUCUUAAUUUAUUCAUAAUUACAUAAAUAUAGUGGCAUUUUCUUCUGGCUCCGAUCCUCCAUCUAAAUGUUGAGUUCUCUAUGUUUGGAUCACAGAAAACAUUAAGUGAAGUUGCUGUUCAACUUUUUACAUACACAUUUAUAACUUCUUCAUUUUUCUUGUAUGAACAGCAAUGCUAGUUAGACCUUCCCGCAGCUUAUUCAAAACUUUAUUUUUUUCUUCCAAGAUAAUUACAGACCUAGAACAUUUAACAGAUCACUUUGAAGAACACACUUGGGGGUAGUCUUAACUCUUAAUAAGAUCAUGGUUGCAUGGUUCUCUUAACUUUUGUGAGAAGAGCAACUGUAUCACUGCACAACCUCAUGGUUGUUCAGAUUUGGGGGCUGCCCAAGCAAAUUGAUGUACAGAAAAUUUCCAUUCACAUAUAGUACAUAUAGUACAGUAAACUCACCUAUGUUGAGGGAUUGUGAAGACUGGAUGGCUUAUUGUCAGAAGAACUACAUUUGCCUUGACUGAAGGAGAAAUGGAAGAGAGACAGAAUUUACCUGCUUGUCCCCAGGUCAUCUGCAUUAGCGCAUUGGCAGGUUGUUGUCAACCAGACUUGUUUAGCUUGUGAACUGCCUCUUGGGGAAAACAGCAGAUCUCCCACCUGACCUUGAUGACCAUUUUUCAUAGCAUUUUGCUGACAAAAGCACUCAGGUUUGCCAGAAUCCUGGAAUGAUCUCUUGUGAGAGAAAAAAACUCUUUUUCACCUGUGGACUUUAAUGAAGCAGACAGGGUGUUGUCUAACAUUUCCCUUGCCACCUGUGGACUAGCUCCCUGAACUGUAGAUUAACCGAUUUCUUAUUUUAUGGUGAUGUUAUUGUGGAUGUUUGUUUAAUUGUUUAUCAUGAACAAGUUGUUAUUUUGGAUGAUUACUGAAUAUGUUUUAUCCCUUUACAUUGUUUACUCUGGAUAUUUUAGUUAAAUAUUUACUGUGAGUGUUUUAAUGAUUGACCUUAUGUAAACUGCCACAAGUGUAUAUGGAUUCGGUGGUGUACAGAUUUCAUAAAUGAAAAAAUACAAUGGAUAAUCCAUUGCCCACCUGCUGAUGACUUCUUUCAAUUGUCAUCUCCCUCCAGCUUUUAUUAAAUAUCUUAAUUAGCAACGAAACCAUGUUUUUAUUCUAUAUUUCUAUGAGUCAGUGACCCAUAUGCUCAGGGAGCUAGAAAUCUUAUUACAGACGAAGUGAGCUCUCAGUGAAUAGGAAGAAAACCUAGUUUGAGUGUAGGAAAGUUUAUGCUUUUUAAUAAAAUUUGUUUGUCAGAAAAAGUGCCACAUACUCCUGCUGAUAUUUCAAAAGUGAUGGUUGACUUCAAAUCUGCAAGGCAGUAUGGAGGGCAAAAGAAAUCCUUAAUAUUCAGCUAUCAAUUCUUUAAGCAAUAGCAUUCCUAUCAAGAUCAGCUGUAAUAGAACAUUAAUGUUGUAAUGGUUCCAACACAACAAAAUUAGUAAUUACCAUCAUCAUUAUCACCACUACCAUCAUGGCUUAUGAAAUCAAUGGAAGGAAGGGCUGGAAAUUGCUGGUUUCUCAGUUGAGAGGUUCUUUCCUAUUGUUUCAUCUGCCACAUCUUCUGAAUGACAGCUGAUGGAAAGAAUGGGAAAGCCCAUCAGCAAGACUGAUGAUGAUUCUGGCAUCUCUAGAAGAAUGGCUGUUAGGAAAGAGAUCAAGCCUAAUGAAGAUGGACUCACAGUGGAAUUGAUGGACAUUAUAGGAGGAGAGCUAUGGAGGAGAACAAAUUUUAUUAGUCUGAAAGGAUGCUACCACAUUUCUGAUCUUUACCAAAAUUGAUGGAAUUCUGCUUUCAUGAACUCCUAUGCCAGUGUUUAGAGAGUUUUAUUCAUUUUAAUAGUCUUUCAGUGGGAAACUAAGUUUACAUUUUGUCCUAGCUCAUGCUAUAUAUUGUUAACAAAAUGGAGUUUUGAGCCAAGGUGGUUGUGAGGAAAAGAUGAAACAGAAGUUUGCUGAGAGCAACAGCAUCUUUGAUGACCUUUAAGGUGUAGACUCUUGAGUUAAGCUCAACAAACGUCUGUGGUUUUCACUGCAACAAUAUGGAAGUGCUUUGACCCUGUUGCUUUCUACAAUGCUCUUCUAACUUCACAGUCUAGCCUGCAGCCCUGGGAUUUCUUGUUAGUAAAUUUUGGGUCUUGAUUAAAAAAUAUAUGAAUGGAGCUAAACAAUCAAAUGCUGGUGAUGUUAAAUAUUUUAGUUGAACAUAAUAAGGACUUUUGGGACAAGGAUUUGAUUAUUUUCUUAUUGGUUGCAGCUAAGCUUGCAGCUUCUGAGCACUUCACCUCUUCCUAUUAAUUCCUGAGGCAAACAGCUUUAGAAUACUAGUUCAUCAAAGGAAGUAAUGAUAAAUAAGAUAAUGUAGAAGAUAAUUAGACUAAGGCUGCCUUAAUGCAAUGCUAUAUUUUUUGCUAGGAUCAAUUUCAAUCCAGAUAAACAAGCACCAUCCUCAUAUAACAUCUGGAAAAAUUUGCAUAAACAUCUAUUUGCAUAAUUAACAAAAGCAAUAUUGCUUUGAUCAUCUUACUAACUCCUCCUCUUGAUUCUGCUAUUCCUGUAAAUGCAACAUAAUGACUUUAUGUUCAUGUGUGUGUUUAUUUUUUGCUUAACAGUUUUUACUAACUUGAUUUCCUGUAUUUUGUAGCCAACUUCUUUUAUCAAAUGCAUUUAUUUCGUUUAAAAAAUGUGUGAAAAGCUGAACACAGUCUGAGUGCUAGCUAGACAGAUAAAUAUCCUGACUUGAUAUAAGGCAUUUUUUCCUAAUUUCUAAAGUCAAACUUUGGAUUCAUUUAACUGUUAUGUUUAAGCUACACUGUGUACUUAAAAAAUAAUUAAGUUUCUUCUGGAUACUGGGAAAAGUAUUCAAAUAUAAAAUGUAUAUACAUUAAUGGAAAAAAACAAUGUUCCAAGAGAAAUUAGUCCAAAAUCCACACUAGGCAAUAUUUAUUGUUAAAGCUAACCAGAAUGUUACAAAUAUAAACUAAAAUGUUUGGUGUCUUUUUUUUUUUUCUUUUGGUUUGGUGGCAUUUUGGUGGACACUAAUGAAACUACUACCCAACAACUUACCAUAGUGGAUGUGUUUAAUGUUGUUUAUUAUGUAAAUUAAUAAAAUGAUGCCGAAUCAGAUCUCUAUAUUCAGUGGAAAAUCUUCUGAUUUAUCAUUUUCUGAACAAUCCCAUUUGCUGUGUUGAAUACCAGUGUUAAUAAACAAUACGUAACUUUAAGGUCUCAUUCUGAGUCUAUGCUGUAAAGAAUACAUUGAGAAAGAUCAAAUCUGUGUAAUUAUUUUGUACUUGUGUUGGUCAAACAUGGCAUUAUUUAAUAAAGAGUAGCU